CGGCCGGAAGUGGCUUCAGGGGGAAGCUGCGGCAACCGGGCCGGGGGGGCUGCCAUGGAGGGGCAGCCAGGCCCUCCGGCCUGCGACCCCCCCUUUGCCCUGGGGCUCUCCCCACUUGCUGGAGGAGAUGGACCUGAAGGUGCAGAAGUGGAGGAGGAGGAGGACGACGACACAGCUGGGAGGCAGCUGGGGAAAGCCUCCCUGGAGGACCUUGGCCAAGCCUCUCGCCGCCGCUGCUGCCGCGAGCAGGGCUCCGGCCCUGCCCGGGCUGCAGGCAGAGCCUGCCCGAAGGCUGAGGAGGGGGAGGGGACCGCUCCGUGCCCCCAGGGGCAGGAGGAGCUUCGGCCCUGCCGGAGGAGGCAGAGGAUGUGCCUGAAGCCUGCAGCCAACCGGACCCUGGCCCCCUCCCCAGGAGCUGGGCAGGGCAUGGAGCAGCCGGGACCCUCCUGCGGGAAGAGGCUGAGGCUGCUCUGGGGCCGGGCAGCUGACUUCAGCCAGGGGCUGGUGGAGAAUGACCUGGAGGAGGAGCCCCGCAGCAGUGAGGGAGAGGAGGGAGGUUCCAGGAGCUCUUCCCCUGCCCCCCACCCCAAGCCAGACUUUGUGCAGCUGAUCGAUGAGCGUGGGAUCUACUCCACUGCCAAGCUGGUGCUGGGUAGCACUGCCCUGGGCCGGCUGGAGGGGGUGGCGGCCGCAGGGCUGGCCCCGCAGCGCCCCCAUGGGGCCGGCAGCCCGGGCAGGGGCGAGCUGGAGGAGGCGGCAGCCGUGGGGCUACCUCCCAGCUACUCUGGUGGCAGCGACGUGGGCGAGCUGGAGGAGGUGGCGGCCGCGGGGCUGUCCCCACAGCGCCCCCAUGGGGCCGGCAGCCCGGGCAGGGGAGAGCUGGAGGAGGCGGCGGCGGGGCCGCCCAGCCGCUCCGGCGGCGACGGCGACGCGGGCGAGCUGGAGAUCCGCGAGGUGAUCGUGGACGAGAAGCCCUUCCAGUGCCCCAGCUGCGAGAAGGCCUUCAAGAGGGCCUGGGAGCUGUUCAGCCACGAGGUGGUGCACAACGAGGAGCGCCCCUUCCGCUGCCAGCUGUGCCAGGCCUCCUUCAAGCGCCACUCGGACUUCAAGAGCCACGGGCUGGUGCACACGGAGGAGCGGCCCUUCCGCUGCGAGCUGUGCGGGAAGCGCUUCAAGCGCUCCUCCAACCUGCAGGAGCACCGCCGCAUCCACAGCUCCCAGCGCCCCUUCCGCUGCCCGCCCUGCGCCAAGGCCUUCAAGACCCCCUACGAGCUGCAGCGCCACUCCCUCACCCACCGCGCCGAGAAGCCCUUCCCCUGCCCGGACUGCGCCAAGGACUUCCCCAGCUCGCAGGCGCUGCUGCUGCACCGCCGCCAGCACUGCGACGACAAGCCCCACGCCUGCGGCGUCUGCGGCAAGCGCUUCACCUACGGCCACAGCCUGAAGGUGCACGAGAGGGUCCACACCGGCGACCGCCCCUUCGUCUGCCCCCUCUGCGGCAAGGGCUUCAAGCAGUCCAACGCCCUCUCCUCCCACGAGAGGGUCCACACCGGGGAGCGCCCCUUCGCCUGCCCCACCUGCGGCAAGGCCUUCAAGCAGUCCUCCUACCUGGCCAUACACCAGAGGGCGCACACGGGCGAGCGCCCCUACAAGUGCGAGGCCUGCGGCAAGGCCUUCGCCCGGCCCUCGCUGCUGCUGCAGCACCGCCGGGUGCACAGCCAGGAGAGGCCUUACAAGUGCAGCUUCUGCCACAAGUUCUUCAAGGACGUGGCCUACCUGGCCGUCCACGAGAAGGUGCACACCGGGGAGACCCCCUACAAGUGCGGCGUCUGCCACAAGGGCUUCGCCCACCCCUCCAACCUGCUGCAGCACCAGAGGGUGCACCGCGACGGAUGAGGCUCUCCCUCCCCCUGCCCUCCCCCCCGCUGCGUCCAUCCAAGGGCAGCUCUGCUCUUGCCAAGCCGCCCUGGGGGCUGCUGAUG